AUGCCGUUGAUGAUCUUGUCCGUCGUAGCAGACGAAGUGAUAUGCAUGCUUGGAUGCUCUCCCUGUAGCAUCAUCCGCAUUCAACGUGUUGCCGGUGACGGUGUCAUGUUCGCGGGGAGAUCGAAGAACUUUUGGUGGCAUGCCUCGAAGACUCGUUCUCCUUCGUACAUUGUACAGCAACACACCAUGUCAAACCCGGCGCAAAACGACCCAGCAAUGGCUGUGGGUACUGAUACGACCAACGACGAAAUCCUCCUCGCCGCGACCAACCACGACAUCGAGACUCUCAAAAAGCUGCUGCGAACUGGCGAUGCGAGAAUGCAAGAUCCCGACGCUGGCUUCUCCCCGCUCCACGCUGCCGUCGCCGCCUGCGAGUCCGACCGUGAUCUAAACGACGAGGAGGUCGACAACGAGCGAGAUGCAGUGCACGGCAAUGCUCUGACCGAGGAGUCUGCUUUGGCGACCGUCAAGCUGUUGUUGGAGAACGGCGCAAUCUGGAACGAGCUUGACAACCACGAUGACACACCUGGCUGCAUUGCUCUACGACUAGGUCUGAAGAAGGUGUAUGAGGAGAUUGUGGCAGCUGGUGUUCGGGCAGAGCUUCUGUUUGGCAGACUGGACCAGUAUGACCUACUGCCAGACAACGAUGCUGAAGAGGACCAUGACGAUGACGCGAUCCAUGGUAUGGAGCCGACGCCUAGAGGUACAGCCUCGACCGCCAAUGGACAGGCCAACGAUACUGCUAUGGAUCUAGACGGCAUGGACCCAUCGCCGAACCCAUCCACCAAGGUCGAAGAUACCACAGCAGGUGCAGACUCGAGCGUGCCUACCAGUACACAAACCGACGAGACCGCCGAGCAUACCACCGAGCCAGUACUAUCGAACCCAAACGUCGACAGCGAAGCCUACCUCGCCUCAAAGCUCACCUACUCCGAGGGUCGCCUUCUCGACUCUGACAAGAACGCCGUCAUGAUGGAUUGGGAGACAGAAAUCAUGAAAGUCUCCGCCGACCAGAUCUGCUACAAGAAGGGUCUCAGAACAAUGAAUAUCGGCCACGGCAUGGGUAUUGUGGACAAGAUGUUCCUCGCAAACGACCCAGAGAUGCACCACAUCAUCGAGGCACACCCGGAAGUCAUGGAGAAGCUGCGAAGAGAAGGAUGGCACGAUAUGCCGAAUGUCACAGUCCAUGAGGGCAAGUGGCAAGAUGUGCUACCAAAGCUAGUCGAGCAGGGUGUGAUUCUUGAUGGCAUCUACUACGACACCUACGCGGAAGACUACAAGGAUCUGAAGGAGCUCUUCCAGGAGUAUGUCAUUGCGCUGAUGGACAGUAAUGGUCGCUUCGGCUUCUACAAUGGUCUUGGAGCUGAUCGCCAGGUCUGCUAUGAUGUUUACACCAAGGUCUCCGAGCUUGACCUUUUCGACGCAGGUAUGGACGUGGAGUGGACGAUCCUCAAGGUUCCAGACCUUGCUCAAACCUCCAACCCUGGUGCCAACUGGGAAGGCAUCCGUCGACCAUACUGGUGUGUGCCCGAGUACCGCUUGCCAACCUGCAAAUUUGUGGGUUGA